GAAAAACUAAAAACGGUCAUGUGACUAAGCCUCUCCGACCAGGAAGGUGUAAUUGUAAUUGAGGAAAGAACAGCUUGGGGUCGGCGUUAGUUGAAAAACGAAGAUGAAAAACUGCUGGCUUCUGCCUUCUGUGGGCUUCAUUUUACACAUGCUGGCGGGGUGUGAUGCUACCGUGAUCCUCUCAGUUCCAGCAGCUGUGAUACUAGAAAACGACAGUUCAAGGAAUAUAAGUAUCGAAUGGAGCUCCCCGCUAGGAGUGAGAACUGAGAUCACUUUUAAUAUCACUUAUUCUUCAAAAAACACAACCAUCGUUCAGCUCCCAGACCAGGUAACAUUACCACCUGAAGCAAGCUCUACAAGCUUCGGAGUCCAAGCUAAACAUGUAGGCCAGGUUACUGUUUACCUGAACAGCAACAACUCAAACCACACCGGAUCUCCCGCUCGAAUUCGCUUCCUGGUAGUACGGAGUUCCGCUGUUGAAAUCGUCAACCAGGUGAUUGGCUGGAUUUAUUUCCUGGCCUGGUCCAUCUCGUUUUAUCCGCAGGUCGUGGAGAACUGGAGAAGGAAAAGUGUCAUAGGGUUGAAUUUUGACUUCUUGGCAUUAAACCUCACAGGGUUCAUUGCAUACAGCGUGUUCAACGUGGGUAUGUUCUGGGUGCCCUAUGUAAAGGAGGAGUUUCUGAAGCGCAGCCCCAACGGGGUGAAUCCUGUGGAAGCUAAUGAUGUUUUCUUCAGUCUCCACGCAGUUGCUCUUACUGUUGUAGUUAUCUGUCAGUGCUGUCUCUAUGAGAGAGGUGAGCAGAGAGUCUCAAAGGUGGCUAUUGGUUUGCUGGUGAUCGCCUGGGCGUUUGCCUUCUUCACCCUGUUUGUGGCGGUCGCAGGUACUAUCACCUGGCUGGAAUACCUGUAUUACUUCUCUUACAUUAAACUGGGGGUCACACUGGUCAAAUACAUUCCACAGGCGUACAUGAACUACCGGAGGAAAAGCACGGUUGGCUGGAGUAUCGGAAACGUCUUGCUGGAUUUCACAGGAGGGAGCUUCAGUCUGAUACAGAUGUUCUUGCAGUCAUUCAACAACGAUCAGUGGAUGUUGAUUUUUGGAGACCCGACAAAGUUCGGUUUGGGAGUCUUCUCAAUCUUGUUUGACGUUCUGUUCAUAACUCAGCACUACUGCUUGUAUCGACAAAAAACAGCUGAAUACCAGCCUAUGGACUAGCCCACCGAAACUCAACGAAGCACAGUGUCCUCGCGGGACCGUUCCCUGCUGGGGUAGAACCAGUAACAACUCCCCUUGUUUCCAUUUCCCUUCCACACCCCCCUUUGUGUGCCUUUCCAGUACUGGUGCACAGCAAUCCAAUCCAUUCUUGUGUUGUGUCUUUCAUGCCCUGGCAUCUCUAAACAGGGCUCGAGCUACUGCAAACCACAGCGUCCUAAGCAUAGAUGCAAGUUUAUGAUUCCCUAGCAGCAGCGAAUCAA